AGUGAGAGAGAGAGAGAGACUGGGUGGCAGAGAAAGAUAAAACCAACUAAUAAUAAAAACGGCAAUGGCGCCCGUCGGAUUGCCUCCUGGUUUCAGGUUUCAUCCCACCGAUGAAGAGCUUGUCAAUUACUAUCUCAAGAGAAAAAUCAAUGGCCAAGAGAUUGAACUCGACAUUAUUCCUGAAGUUGAUCUUUACAAAUGUGAGCCUUGGGAGUUAGCAGAGAAAUCAUUUUUACCAAGUAGGGAUCCGGAGUGGUACUUUUUCGGACCUCGGGACCGGAAGUAUCCGAACGGGUUCAGAACGAAUAGGGCAACACGAGCUGGAUACUGGAAAUCGACGGGAAAAGACCGGAGAGUUUCGUAUCAGAAUCGAGCCAUCGGAAUGAAGAAGACAUUGGUUUAUUACAGAGGGCGAGCUCCUCAGGGAAUAAGAACUGAUUGGGUGAUGCAUGAGUAUCGCCUUGAUGACAAAGAGUGUGAAGACUCCACUGCUGCAAUUCAGGUAGUUU